UUCAAACCGGUAGCUGCAUGCAGAGUAUAGUAGGCAUAGUGCAGCGUUUAGCUGUCAGUAGGAGUGAUUUUGAUUAUUGUUGAACGUCAUUUAACAUUCGGCAAUAAACACCGAUUUAAAAUUAUUAAUUCACGUUUAAUUCUCCGAAAGAUGUUUAGCGCGGAAUUAAAUUUAUCGCUAUAAGGUUAUGUUUUUUUAUUUAAUGCUUGGCAAUUUUGCAAGUUAGCCUGGUAGGUGGAUACAAUGGAGGAAGUUGACAAUAUAAUUAUUCAUUCCCUACUUCAAAUCGGCUGUGAUAUAGACGAGAGUAUAACUAAUUUGGCUGGCUUUGACAUAGAGCUGAUUGUCAAGGCGACUGUAAAAUGUCUGGAGCUUAUACGACCAGAUCUUGCUUUAAGUCCUGUUUUACCUGUAAAUAUGGCUGCGAGAUUUCGUAUGGGUGCAACAUUGGCUCAAAUUUGCUCGGAACUUGGAUACAAAGGUGACAUUGGAUAUCAAACUUUUCUCUACAGUGCCGAAGUCGAUUUGCGUCGGGUUUUUAUGUUUUUGAUUGAAAAGUUACCCAAGGAAAGUGACAAAAGUAUAAACGAACCGGAUACGAAAAGCGCUCAGCUUGAAAAAUUAAUAUCGUCUGCUAUACUGAAGCAAAUUUCUGUACCGUGGCUACCAUACUAUUGCCAUAAAAAACGCUCAAAGUUUAGCGUUCAGACCAAAACACCGUUUGCCACGAUACAUCUUGAUAAUUCUACAGUAGAGAAUAAAGAAGAAUAUCAUAAUUAUAAUAUUCGAUACAAAUCAUCUUUAUUGGAACAAGUGCGAGAUGUUAAAUAUCUUGUACCAUCUGUACUAGCAUUAAAUGGGAGAUAUAAUCACGCAGUGCCAUCAUUGACCAUCACUGACAAAAUAGAUUGGCUUAAUGCUCAAGAAUACGAUAAAGUAAUCGACAUGCCCGACAAUGAGUCUUAUUUAAUUAAUAAAUUUAUAUCGGGCAUGAAUUUAAAAGAUUCGAGUAGCCAAUCGUGUGAGAACGUUGAUGUUGACGUAGUAGAGAUUCAGAAACAAAAUCCUAUAGAAUCGAAGGAGAAUAAAAGUAUUACGGACGAGCAAGAAAUUGAAAGAUUAAAAUCAGAAUGCGAGGCUUUAAAAGCCAAUAUCGAAGAGAUUCAGAUGGAUAUAAAGAAAUUAAUGUCCGAAAUAAAUCAUGCCACUCUAAUUUAUCAAAAUGAAACAGAAGCCCUUAGUUCGCACGAGGAACAAGCCAAAAUUAAAAUGAAAGCUUACGAAUUGCUUGAAAAUGGAGAUGAAAAUGUCGUUAAAUUAGAAGAAACGAUCGAAGCUUAUGUAAAUAAAUUAAUUAAUUUAGCGAAUCAGUGGGAGAAGCAUAGAUCGUCAUUAAUAGGACAAUACCGAAGUGAAAAGGAAAAACACUCCUCCAUAGCUAGUGCCAGCCAAAAGAAACUCGAUGAGCUACAAUUGAUGAAGAAUAAAGAAAAAGAGUUGAUAGAAGAAUGUCGUAAUAAGGAUCAGCAGUACGCUCAGCUUGUAGCAGAUAUUCAAAAGCAUCCCCGAGAAGUAAGCAGAUCUGCUUAUACCCAAAGAAUAUUAGAAAUAAUCAAUAAUGUUAAAAAGCAAAAGGAUGAAAUAGACAAAAUUUUAGGCGAUACGCGUGAAAUGCAAAAAGAAAUCAAUGUGCUUACUGGCAGAUUGGAAAGAUCGUUUACGGUCGUUGAUGAACUAAUUUUCCGCGAUGCUCGAACGAAUGAGACAUCGAAGAAAGCUUAUAAAUUACUUGCCACAUUGCAUUCCGAUUGCAAUGAAAUUGUCAGUCUAGUCGAAGAAACUGGGGCCAUUGUACGAGAAAUCCGAGAUUUAGAAGAACAAAUUGAUUCGGAAUCUACAAAAAAUAUUGGGGCCAAUUUAGAAAGGAUAACAGCCGAUUUAAAUCAAAUGAGACAAGAGACUGCAAUUUUAACUGCUCAACUACAAAACAAAAAAUCAUAAUUACUAUAGAAAUGAUGGUGUAGACCACUAUACAAAAUAAAACAAUUGGAAUAUUGAAAAUUGUAUGUAACAAAAGAAUUAUACAUUUAA